GGUCAAGACUUACACAACUCAGUGCUCAAGGCGGGACUGUUUGGGUGCUAACAUUUCCUGCCCCGAGUGUGACUGUCUGCACGUAGCACUCUAACUUUGACUACCACUCGUGCAAAGGAGGAAUCAUGAGUGCCCUGUGCAUGGUGUCCAAGCUGUGCCGCUCUGUGCCUGCUGUGCGGUGUAUUAAGGCUACACACAUCCAGCCAUGUCUGAGGCGCACCACUGUCACACUGACUGGUGAGGGGGUUCAGCGCCUUGCUGGAGAUGAAGUGCCUGAGUUGGGGAGGAAGUGGGUCGGCCGGUGGCUCUUUGGAUGUUCCGGCAUGGUGUUUGGGGCAGUGGUCAUUGGUGGACUCACUCGCCUCACUGAAUCUGGAUUGUCCAUGACCGACUGGCACCUGUUUGGGAAGCGACCACCUCUCUCUCAAGCUGAGUGGGAAAGAGAAUUUGCUCAGUACCAACAGUAUCCAGAGUUCAUUAUGAAGAACAAGGAAAUAAGUCUACAAGAGUUUAAGUUCAUCUGGUGGAUGGAGUACGGCCACAGGCAGUGGGGCCGCUGCAUUGGUACUGCCUUUUUGUUGCCAGCAGCAUACUUCUGGCACAAGGGCUGGUUCACCCGGGCUCUCAAAAAAAGGGUUGUAGCUUGCGGAGCAUUGAUCGGAUUCCAGGGCUUGUUGGGAUGGUACAUGGUAAAGUCAGGCUUAGAGAAGGAGCGCUUCACAGAACCUUCAGAUGUACCAAGAGUGUCCCAGUACCGCCUGGCUGCCCAUCUUGGCACAGCAUUUGUCCUUUAUAGUCUCUUCUUGUGGAAUGCUCUUGGUAUCACCAAUCCUCCUCAAGCAAUCAAGCAGGUGACAACACAAGCCAUAAAGUUCCGCAGACUGGCACACCUCACCAAGGGUUGGGUGUUCCUCACUGCUCUCUCAGGAGCGCUGGUAGCUGGUCUAGAUGCUGGACUAGUGUACAACUCCUUCCCGAAGUUUGCUGACCGCUGGAUCCCCAGUGAUCUCCUUGCUUUCUCGCCCACACUUAGAAACUUCACUGAAAACCCCACCACUGUCCAGUUUGACCACAGAAUUUUGGGUACGGUUUCUCUUGGACUGGCCACAGCCCUCAUGGUGUGGUCCAGACGGGGUGUGAAGUUACCUCCACGAGCCUACAUGGCUGCCUCGGCCCUUGGGGGAAUGGCCUGGAUGCAGGUUGGUCUGGGCAUCUCAACUCUACUGCUUUAUGUGCCUACUGCCCUUGCUGCUAUGCAUCAGUCUGGCUCCCUCUUAACCCUCUCCUUUGCUAUCUGGCUCACUCAUGAACUGAAGCAUGUCAAAAAGCUGCCCAAGUGAGCCUCAACAUAGAGCAUAGACACAGCAUGUAGGCAGUGUGGCCAGUAGGCAGUUGUUAUUUAUUGUAUAUAAAAGUGCUGAGCAUAAUUUGAAAAUAAACUUUCAAAUUAUCAAUAUUAGGCAUCACUCUUGUAAGCUUUUGUUAUUUGUCAAGAAGUAUAAUAAAAGUUAUGGAAACAUUUUAGAAGCACAGCAUUAUACAGUGAUAAAUUUACAUUGUAAUUUCAUUGACAUAAAAUUAUCACAUUAUA